AUGGCCACCGACAGCUGCGGGAAACGGCAACAACCUCUCACUUCCCGGGAUGGCGGCGGCGGCGGCGACCCAGCGAGGAGGAGGACGCGGCGGAGCAGGGACCGGGGCAGGAGAAGGGAAAGGCGGCGGCGUCGUUGCCCGGGCCGCCUAGCGCUGCGUGCAGCUCGCCCCAGCGGACAGGCUCUCGCACCUCGCGCCGCAGAAUCUAGCUUGCCCCGCAGCUCCGGCUCCGCAGUGGGGCUCUCGGCCCCGCGCAGCGGCCCCCGCGCCCGCCGUCCCGUCCCCGUCGCCAGAGACCCCCGGCGCGGGGACCAGGCCGGCCCGCGCCACCAGCCGGUGAGUACCCCCCGGUUAGCCUCCCCGCCCCCCGCGGCCGCGGACUGGCGGCGCUGCGGAUCCCCGCACGCCCGGGCUCGCUUUGUUUAUGCCGGGCGGAGGCACUGCUCGCUCGGGGCCCAGAGCCCACUGUCCCUGGGGACAGGCCGCGGCCCAGCUGCUGUCCUCCACUGGGGCCGCACUACUCCCGAGCCGCCGACGCCGGUGCAGGCGGCCGGGCCCGUGUCAUCAGCUGCGGCCUGGAGAGGGCGCCCUAGCGGUCUGGUCGGGGUCGGGGUCACCGGCGGCUGA